UCCACCCCUGCUCCCCAGAUCGUGGUGUGGGAUGAGCCCUUCUUCCAGGGCAAGCGGCACGAGUUCACCGCCGACUGCUACAGCACGCCGGAGCGCGGCUUCAGCACCGUGCGCUCCUUCAGGAUCGAGAGUGGGGCCUGGGUGGGCUUCGAGCACUGCGGCUUCCAGGGGCAGCAGUUCGUGCUGGAGCGCGGCGAGUACCCGUGCUGGGAGGCGUGGAGCGGCAGCAACGCCUACCACGUGGACAGGAUGAGCUCCUUUCGCCCCAUCACCUGCGCCGAGCACGGGCGCAGCCAGCUGCUGCUGUUCGAGCAGGAGAACUUCCAGGGCAGGAGGGGGGAGCUGAGCGAUGACUGCCCCUCGCUGCCCGCACUGGGCUGGGGUGGCAGUGCUGUUGGCUCCUUCCUCGUCUGCUCCGGCGCGUGGGUCUGCUCGCAGUACCCCGGGUACCGGGGCUUCCAGUAUCUCCUGGAGAGCGACAGCCACGGCGGCGAGUACAAGCACGUUCGGGAGUGGGGCUCCCACGCGCAGACGGGCCAGGUGCAGUCCAUCCGCAGGGUGCAGCAGUGACUGCCAGCACCGCACUUGCAGGCACCACCCGGACCACACUGUGGUGGUGGCAAAGCUCAAUAAAAGCUCCAUUGUCCAACGUGGUGCGUUCACAUUUGGAGGGGUAUGUGGGCCAGGAGCAGCGGUGGGGUGUCCCAGAGGUGCCCACGUCCCCACCACUGCCAGGGGACCUGAACCAGCACUGUGGCUCCAACAAGGAGGGGGAGGAUACCAUGCUGCCUGAGCUCUUCUCAGGAGCAAGAAGAAGCUGCAAGGUCUGGCAGGCCACAGCUGCAUGCUGUACACCCAUAUCCAUACCUAUGUACACCCCUGCACCCAUGCACACAUUCCUCCAUACCUCCGCACGCAUGCAAACAUCCAUGCACACACCUGAGCACGCACCUGUGCACUCAUGUAUGCACCCCCACCCCUGUGUCACCCCCAUACCCAUGGCAAAACCCUGCACACCUGUGCACCCAUGCAGGUGCCCAUAUACACUCCUCUGCAUUCAUGCAUCACCCCUGCAGCAAUGCAUGCAGCAGCAGUGUGCAGCCCUGCAGCGUGGAAGUGCCCAGAGAGGAGCCUCGGGGCAGGGCUGCUCCUCCUGGCCCUGCUUGGUGCUGCAGGGGAUGGGGGAAGCAGGUUGCUGGUGGGGGCUGCUGAGACACUACCUUCUUUGGCUUGUGGGAAAACGGCAGUGAGCUGAGGCUGGCAAUGUGAUGGGAAAAAAAAAAAUGGUUCAGAAAUAUUUCUCAUUUCAGAAAACUCUGGAGAAAAAAAAAAUGUUUGAUGUCAUUUAGAUGUCCCAUUUCUGACAUUUGCAGAAGAAAGACCACCAUUGGAGACAAUGCUUCCUUGGGAAGGGAUCCUCCUCGCAGGACGUAAUAAUUAAAAAUACAGAAUAGAAGAAGAGGCAGACAGUGUGGGGAUGGGCUGAGCAAAAUCCUCCUGCUGCCCAAGAACAGUUGCAUGUGGGGCCAUCCACUGGUCAGCGCCAUCCCAGCGCCACUGCAUGGCUGCGGGUUGGUGCCCAUGAGGCAGGGAGAGAUGCUGGCACUGGGACCAGCCCAGGGGACCGUGGGGCCGUGGGACAGCAAUGCCUGGGCUCAGUGGCUGCGGAGGGGUCAGCCCAGCUUUCCCAUGCUGCAGCUCUCUGUCCACUCCUGCCCACCCAACACGGCCGGACCCUGCGUGCUUGCUGUGUGCCCAUGGCUUGCCUGCAGUGCUUCCUAUAUGGCUGUGUCCCCAGCACAGGUCCCAGCCCACAGCCCAGCCCCAGGCACAGCAGUGGCACAGCUCCCAUCUGAUGUGCAUGGAGCUGGGCACGGUCUGUGCCCCCUGCACCUGCAUGUGGGGUGAUGCCCCUGGGGACAACGCAGUGGGGCAGCCAGGCACUGCCCCUGGGCACCUGCGCAUGAUGCACCCUGGCACGGUGACACCCGGUACCCUGCUGCUCUGGCACGGUGACACCUCAGCACCGCAGCACCCACAGUUGUUACGCUCUCCCCAAGCAGCAGCCACGGCUG